CCGGAGCUGAGUUUGCAGCAUUGCAAACUGGACUGGGCUGAGGGGGGUGGAGAGAUUUUGCUGUGUUAAUAGUUUGGAAUUGCUGGUGUUUUUUUUUGCUUUGCAGGUUGAUAUUAUUUAGACGUAUAUUUGACUUGGUUUCAUUUUAUUUGUUUAGUUGAGAUAGCCUUUUGUAAAUUUACUGAGACCUUGUGAAAAGGGAGGAGGGAGGGAAGGAGGUGUGGGGGGCGGUAAAGUUAUGUCAUGGAUGCUAUUUGGAUCUAUCAGUUCCGUCUGAUAGUGAUCGGGGACUCGACGGUGGGGAAGUCCUGCCUCCUCCGGAGAUUCACCGACGGCAAAUUCAGCGACGUUUCUGACCCCACGGUUGGUGUGGAUUUCUUCGCCAGGCUGGUGGAGAUCGAGCCGGGAAAGAGGAUCAAAUUACAGCUGUGGGACACGGCGGGGCAGGAGAGGUUCAGGUCCAUAACCCGUUCCUACUACCGUAAUUCAGUUGGCGGGCUUCUUGUGUUUGAUAUCACAAAUCGUAGAUCUUUUGAACAUGUGCGUGACUGGUUGGAAGAAGCAAAAAUGCAUGUCCAGCCAUACCGAAUUAUAUUUCUGCUUGUCGGACACAAAUGUGACUUGGCAACCCAAAGGAAAGUUUCAAAGGAGGAGGCGGAGAAACUUGCAGCUGUAUCUGAACCAGCAAAUAGGGAUUCAAAUUGGAAGUUUAUACUGGCAGAUCACCAUUGUGUUUGCAUUGGACUUGGGAUGAGAUCCAUCUCUGAACAUGGCCCCAUUAAUCCAUGGUAAUUCAACAAGCAAUGUUCAUACAGCUUUAUAGUAGUUAAAGGAGUCAAGAUUUUCGGAAAGGUCUAGAUUCCUUUUUGCUAGAAGGUAAAUAAGGUGAUAUUCUGUGAAUAUGAGGCUUAUUUAGGCUAUUUUAAGAUGUUACUAACAUCAGAUUAUUCCCUCCUUCUUCUGCUAACCUUUCUUUUAAUUAUUAUUUGCAAUUCUGCUUGUGAAAGACAAAUGAAAUGUUACAAAUAUCACUUGGUCUUGUAACUGUAAAUGAACAAUAAUGAAGAUUUGUUUAGUACUAAAAGCUAAAAAAAAUUUGAGGUAUUGCAUUCACUUGCAAAGAAUUUCUUGAAUCCUACACUCUCUUCAAUAUUGCUCAAUGUCUUUUGUGUUUGCAAAGCACAUAACAAAUUCUUCUUGUCAACAAGUUAUACAGAUUAUGCUUUUUCAAGUUGAUGUGCUCAACUCUGUUCUGUACAAUCAUUUUUGAUUAGCACUAGUUCCUCACCAUUAUGCAGUAUCUUAAAAUGAAGGCCGACCAAACCAUGUAAUAAUUGCAUUACUUUCCCAGGUUAACAUUUUAUUGUGUAGUACACCCAAGCUUUAAAAUUAAAUUUUAAUUUGUAAAUUAGAAUGGUGAGAUUAUGCAUUUUUGUACAUAAAAAAAUUAAAUCUGUGAAAACUACAAAAUUGAA